AGGAAUUUGGCCUGUAUGAAAGCUUGUUUGCAUCGAUUGAAGUUGAACUACAUGUUACAAUUCGAGGAUGGGAAACGCUGUAAGUCAAUAAUACCAUGUAAAUGUUAUCAUCAAAAGGUAUAUUAAAGUCCUCUACUCAUUGUUGACUAUAAUUGGGAUUAUGAGGAGGCAAUUGGAAACAGAUUCCAUUGACGUUUAUAUUAAAGUUAAACAGAGGUAUAAUAUAAACUGUGCAUCCGAGUUCAAGUAAGGGAAAAUCCGGUCAGUCGAGUUGUUGUAAUCAUAAAAUGCUAACUGACUAUCGAAUAAACACUAUGCAUACUAAAUAAAUCGAAGCACACCAAAUGACAGAAUAAUUCAAUUAUCUUCUUGUUACUACGUACAUGUUAACCGAUUUAUUACAAAAUAAUGGCAUAAUAAUGUAUUUGAGGUCGUACCUUAUCUUGGUUUCAAUGCAGAUCGCUUCCGCUCCGUAGCAAUCAUUUUGUUACUAAAAUUUCCUACAGUCGCUCACGUUUAUUAUGGGUAGAAUUUCUGCCAAGAACUCUAAUGGAGUACUUGGCUCCUAGUAUUUCAUGAUAAGUAGUGUACGAGGCUGUGGGCAGACAUUUAUCCAACCCCUUUUUAUUUGAAUACACAUGUCUAUCAGAGGCCUCCUCAAUAUUCCAUAAUGUAAAAUCAUCCCCUGAUAAUGUGCCCUUUUAGUUUGCUAAAAGCAUUUCUGAAUAAGUAAAAGUACGGACGGGACGUAGGAAAAUCAGUCCAACAAGAGGAAUAUAUAUCUUGAAGAUAAUUUACUUGUUUGGUACUAGUUAAGGAAGUUUCAAUUUAAUUUUGUUGGCACAAAUAUUUUCAAUUACCGUGUAAUAGUUCAUGUAAGAUGAGAAAGUCGACUCGUCUACUGUCUUAAUAUUAAUGCUCACGAAACAUUUUAUGUUAUUUGUUUGGUCCUUUUAGAGCGUCAAAGAACUCGAAAGAAUUGGAGCAAGGAACGAAUUUCACUCUGAAGAUUCCCUGGACAUAGAAAGAACGUUUCAGUUUGUGACUGGGGAUAAUGAAGAGAUCCCGGAUGUUCAUGAGUCAGGUGACAAGCCUAUGCAAAAAGGAAGAAAAAGAGACAAGCAACGGGGGUCAAAAGACAAGGGUGAAAGUACUAAACAUCCCGAAGAACUUUCAGCAGAGGUUUUGGAAAAACAGAUUCCUCGAAAGAAAAAAGCCAUGCAACUAAAGAUUAAACAUCUGUUGAUUGAACGGCAUGGUUUAAAUGAGAUAAUCUCUAAGGGCAAGCAAAUUGUUGAUCAACUGACAAGGGAGCGGGAAAGAAAUUUGGAAAGAAUUGAGGAAAAAGAACAAGUGAUCGAAGGAAAGGAACAUGCUAUUCAGUCAUUUCACGAUAAAGUACAAGUAUUAUCUGCACAGAACGAGGAGAAAGAAUCUGAGCUUAGGGAAAAGGAUCGCUUAUUGAGAGAAGCAAAUGAGCACUCUCAACUACUUCAAAAACAGUUCGCCGAACAAGAAAUGAUCGUAAAAGAAAUGCAAAGCGCAAUAGAAGGCUUAUAUAGCGAGAGGGAAAACAGUAGGUCUGACUAUGAAAGCGUGGCUAGCAAAGAUCUAGGCAAAAGAGUCGAACUAGAGUCACUGAGGCGGGAAAAUGACCAAUUGAGGCUGCAGCUACAAGAAAAGACCAGGAGGCUCAGAGACAGAGCGAUGGAGAUCGAUUCACUCAAGCAGGAGAAAGACACCAUGCAACAAGAAAAAAUCAACUGCGACAAGAUUAGUCUGGAGAGGAAACUUUCAGUCGACAGGUUAAAUCGUGAGAAGGAGAGAGGACUAGCAUAUCUUGGUCAGCUUGAAAUUCGAUUGACAGAAAAGCAACAAGAUUUGAAACGUGCACAAGAUGAAAAUGCCGAAUUUCGAGAUACGCUAAGACGAAAAGAAAACCUUCUCCUCGAGAAGGGCAGAACUAUAGAGGCUCUGGAAGCUUCGCGAAAAGGGACAUCUGACCGGUUAGACCGACUUGAAAAACAGUUAGAGGAUGAGCGCCGGGCCCAACGAAACGAGUACGACGCGUUACGUGAGGAGAAGCGCGUCUGCGAGGAACGUUUACGGCGAGCGGAGGCUACGUUAGAAAGUCACCAAAGGCGCGUUCGCGUGCUAGAACAAGAAGUCGAAAGAGCUCGUCAAUAUAAAAGUAUAUUUCGCGGGGAUCAACCUUGGAUGAUCAGCAAGGAUGAAAUUAAGCUUUCUGAUAAAGUGCUUGGUACUGGCGCUUGGGGAAGAGUUUUGGAGGGGAAUUUUCGGGGCACCAAAGUAGCCGUAAAGGAAAUCCACGAAAUAAUCCAGUCGGCUCAUAACAGACUUUUGUUUGACCGCGAGAUUACUUUUGCCACAUCGGUGCGACAUCCUUGUAUUUUACAAUUCCUGGCUGUAGCUGAUUAUCACUCUACUACACCACUCUUGGUCGCUGAACUGAUGGAUAUGUCACUUUCGCAGCUUGUGAAAGAUGAGAGGAGUUUAGGCAACAGAUACAUCAGAAUACUCGCGCUAGACGUGGCUCACGGCAUCAAUUACCUUCACUGCUUUCAACCUAAUCCCAUACUCCACCGUGAUGUUAAUAGCGGUAACGUAAUGGUUUGGCGCCAGGGAGACAAGUGGCGUGGCAAACUCUGUGAUUUUGGAUCAGCGGAAUUCAUGGGAAGCAAGAUGUCGGAAAAUCCAGGGAAUCCGUUUUAUUCUGCUCCGGAGGCAAGCAGUUCACGCCAGACUCCAAAGGUAAGAUUUUGUCCCUCUUCUACCCCAUCUCCACCCCCCUCCCUCGCCAUACAAAAAGCACUGUGUUUAUUAGAAGUGAAAAACCGUCAGUUUGCCGGCAGUCAGUUAGAAGGACUACCCCAAAAGAUCUUUGCAUGAUACAUGUUAGUACGACGAAAUGGGGAAUCUAAGAUGUUACGACAGUGAAAUUGUAAAUGGUUUGAUAUUCGAAACAACAACUCUGCACGUGCACCCACUUUUUGGUGCACUUCUUUCCGUCGCUGCCAACUGCGACUUAAAAUUUCCAAACUCGAGGUUUUGCAAAGGACUUGAACUCACAACAACAUUGUUUUCCAAUUGUUUGAGCCUGAAUUCCGUCUUGAAGAAACCUCCCAUGCAUUUUACAAAUUGUUCGAGUUGGAAUAAUUGAGAUGUUACUUGAAAGAAAGUGACUUUGAGUGAGUCCCUUAUCAAGAAUAACCAAACUAAGGAAUCCUUAUGACUGUUUACCUUGACUGCUUGCAGUCCGCGUUUUCUCUUAAAAUCCGUCUCGUUCUUAUCACAGCAGCGCGACGAUAAGAGACUGCUCGCAGUCUACUGUUUACCAUUUGCUCAAGAAUUUUCGGCAGGUAAAAUAACCUGUUCAAGGCGUUCAGACAAGGUGGUGGCAGAGGGGGCGAAAGUGGAGCAGCUAGACCAGAAAGUAAAAUAAAAAUAAAAUGACGUCAUGCAGGAGCUCCUGCGUCAUGUGACUAUCCAUUUUUUUCCUCAACAUUUUUCGUCGCGCUCAACACCAUUUCCAGCUGCUCUUUCGCACUCUCUGUGUUAGUGUAGAGGGAGCAAGUCUGGAAGUAAUAAUGUAAGCCCAAGUACAGGCUGAACAGCAGUGAUUCCCACAUUUAAACAAUUCCGAAAAAAAAUGUAGCAGGGGUUUUAAUGCAUGAAUUCUUGCCUAGUCCGUGUACGGCGUCUACCUUUCGGUCGCAAACCCUCUCGAAGCACGUGACCUGAAGGCAACAAAAAGCCCAAGGGACUAGGAAAACAGUUUCUUAUCGGAAAAAUAUAAUUUACAUAUGGACAAAAAAAAUGUUCAUCUCGUUGGUUAUUAGUUUCUGUACAAAGGGUAGCCACUUUAUUCAAGCGCAAUGACAGUUUCAUUUAUACUAAGAAAAGUAAUAUCAUCGAUAGUUUUAGGUGUUACUUAUUCAAGUCGGGAGGAGGAGGGGCGGGGUAAAUUUCCCUUUCAUAAACAGGCUGCUGCCAUUUUUAAGACACUCAGAAAAGUUUUGAUCUGCUAUUGAAAGUUAGGUUCUGCCUUUUGUAUCCUACUCUCUCCCUUACCAGUACACAACCACAUCGACCCUACAAAGUUUAAAAAAGUUUAAGUGCAUAAAAUAGCAACCUGUCGCUCUUAACUGAUACAUCAAUAACAGGUAACCCAAACCCUUUCCCCAAGGUUUAACGUAAAUGCAAGUUGGGCUUCAGCGCGGUUCUUUCUAAGACUAUUCCAAAUUAUAUUAUUUGCCUUAUUGUAACGUAUCGAUGACUAAAGGCUUAAUUCCGAUGGUGGCAUCGACGUUAAAAACAUCAACCACCGUUAACGAAAGGGAGAUAAGCGGAGGAGAGCGACCACCUCCUUCCCAGAGUUCUCUGUCGGCCUACAAUUGACAUAGGCCUUUUUUUCAAAAAUACCAUAAUACUCUUUUUUGUCUCUCCAAAUAAAAAUUUUGCAUAAGCAUUGUUUCCAAUUUCUCCUUGGGCAAUUGUAAGUCCCAGGAGAAAUUAAAAACAAUGCUUAUGCAAAAUUUUGUAGGGACAAAAAAGAGCAUCAUGGAAUUUUUGAAAAAGGCCUAUAAACUUAAUAAGAAGCCUUUACAAACCCUCAAGUUCUUAUUCAUUUUCUCUCAAACAGAUUGAUGUCUACAGUUAUGGCGUGUUACUCUGCGAGCUCUGUACCAACCAAACACCGAACCCUGACGAAAGACAGCGACAAAUCGCACUGAUGUGGAACAAAAAUCUGAGAGAGUUAGUGGAACAGUGCGUGGCUGAAGAUCCCGCCAUUCGCUCGUCAAUGACCGACGUCAUUGCUGUGUUAGAACCAAUGACAAUAUGAAACAAGCAAGCACCCCCUUUUCUUUUGCGACUUUUGCAUUUUGUACCUGUUAAUUAACGUGUACUUACGCAACCAGUCGCAGAACAAAUGUAUAUUUUUUACCGUGACAUAGUACUGAAAAAGGGAGGAUUUCAAUCCCUAAAAAUUCGUUUACAUUCGAUAAAUCGAACAAGAUGACGUUUUUAGCGAUGAAGUUUGAAAUAACGUGAACUGACAUUUUUUGCUGCCGCCGCGCGCCGUCAAGGUUGCUUGAGCUCCC